GAGCAGUGUGGGCGGAAGUAGCGCUGUGUCAGCGUUUGGGCAGGAGUCCUCCAUCCCUGUGAGCUGUCACUUCGCUCCCCGGUCCCCGCCGAUCAGCCGCCAGCUCUUAUCAGUGGGCCCCCGUUCUUUCACACCGGCUCAGGCCUGUUUCUCACCCCCACCCAGCCAUGGAUAACUCCGGGAAGGAGAAGGAGGCCAUGCAGCUGCUGGCUGAGGCCGACAAGAAAGUGAAAUCCUCGCAGUCCUUCUUCUCCGGCCUGUUCGGUGGCUCCUCAAAGGUGGAAGAAGCUUGUGACCUCUACGCCCGGGCUGCCAACAUGUUUAAAAUGGUGAAGAACUGGAGCGCCGCUGGUAAUGCUUUCUGCCAAGCUGCCCAGCUUCAUCUACAAGUCCAGAGCAAGCAUGAUGCAGCGACAAACUUUGUGGAUGCUGGCAAUGCCUUCAAAAAGUCUGAUCCUCAAGAAGCCAUAAACUGCCUGCUUCGAGCAAUUGAGAUCUACACUGAUAUGGGAAGAUUCACCAUUGCAGCCAAACAUCACAUAUCCAUCGCUGAAAUAUACGAGUCCGAGCUGGUGGAUAUAGAGAAGGCAAUUGCACACUAUGAACAGUCAGCUGAUUACUACAAGGGCGAGGAGUCCAACAGUUCUGCUAACAAAUGUCUUCUGAAGGUCGCCACUUACACAGCUCAGCUGGAACAGUAUGCAAAAGCUGUUGAAAUCUAUGAACAGGUUGGUACCAAUGCGAUGGACAGUCCUCUACUCAAAUACAGUGCCAAGGAUUAUUUCUUCAAAGCUGCCCUCUGCCAUUUCUGCAUCGACAUGUACAACGCCAAGCUGGCAGUCCAGAAAUAUGAGGAAAUGUUUCCAGCUUUUUCUGAUUCCAGGGAGUGCAAGCUAGUAAAGAAACUGCUUGAUGCUCAUGAAGAACAAAACCUGGACAACUAUACAGAUGCAGUAAAAGAAUAUGACUCCAUCUCCCGUCUGGACCAGUGGCUGACUACAAUGCUGCUUCGCAUCAAGAAGACCAUCAAAGGAGAAGAGGAAGACUUGCGCUAAGCGUUUCAUUCUGUAUCCCCUUCCCUAGUGAUCUAAGCCCACUUUAGUAAUUGUGAAGGCGGGUUGUCGGAAAUACUGCUUACAUUAUUGGCAUUAAAAUAUAAGUUUACCUACAAGAUCCUCCAUCACCAACUUGAAAUUCUGCCCCUGUACUUGAGCCAUUUUGUGAAUUUUUACCGGUUAUAUGCAGUCAGUUGAUUGGCUGCGUUUUUUAUUAGCGAUCCUGACCACAAAAUGGCUGUUUCUACAGUGCAGAGGCAUUGAAUGCAUCAUAUUAAAGGAAGCCUAUAAUUUUUUUUAUUUUUUUGCGCUCUUACAGUUAGGGUCUACAGUAUUGCAGCUGGACGGCAUGACGUUUCUGCACGUUUUUAAGGUAGCAUUGAAAACCUCAUUGAUAAGCGGGCUCCUUUUUUAUACUGUAAACCCCAGGAGCUAUCGGUGCAAUUUUUCACUUUUUGGGAAAGCAGCUGAAUCGUUGUACCAAUGCAUGGAUUUGGGGGGCAUGUAAAAGGAGGGAAUUGGGAGGGCUGAACUCUGGCCACAUCACACCACACUAAACAUAAUAUGAACAUAUAUAUAUUUUAUUUUAGAGAAUUGUAAGGCCACAGUCUGGCUUCCAUAUAUGAACGUUUAGUAUAUAUCGUAGCCUGGGCAGAUCAGCCAGAAAAGCAUACCAGGAAUACAAAAGGUUUUCAUAGGUAACCUCCUAUUUUAUUUCUUCUUGCAACCUCUUGGUGUGUUAGAUUAUAAAAAUGUAUUUAUCCAAAAAUGUUAGGAAACCGUAUACAAUUUCUAUAUGAUAAUGAUUUAAACUGCACACUUGAAUUCAGCACAACACUGAGCAUCAAGGUUUAGGACCAAUUCAUUUUGGGGCUUCUAUGAAGAAAAAAAGUGUUGAUUUUCCUAUGGUACUUGUAUUACCAGAUUUCAGCUAUUUUUUUGGGCUGAGUUUUUUCUAUGGGAAAACACUUUGGUUUUUACAGUCUGGGCUCUAUCCUGUUGCAAAUGCAAAGCUAAGGCCUAGUGCGCUAUACUAGCUUGUGAGACGCCUGCUUACCUGCAUCCAGCGUCUUCCGGGAGGGCCUAGUGCGCUAUACUAGCUUGUGAGACGCCUGCUUACCUGCAUCCAGCGUCUUCCGGGAGGGCCUAGUGCGCUAUACUAGCUUGUGAGACGCCUGCUUACCUGCAUCCAGCGUCUUCCGGGAGGGCCUAGUGCGCUAUACUAGCUUGUGAGACGCCUGCUUACCUGCAUCCAGCUUCUUCCAGGAGGGCCGAGGCCUGGAUGGAACUCAUCGAUUUGUCAGAUUUAAAAAACUUUUUACCAUCAUGCCCCCAUUAAUAGAAAUCUUCUACAAAGUUGACAUUUGCUUUAUUGUGUUCUGCUGUAGAUGUGCAUAUUUCCCAGCAUUUUAUGAUGCAGGUUAUUUGUUGUGUUUUUUUUUUUUUGUCUUGUCUGUUGUCUUGUGAACCAUCUUGUAAAAUAAAAAAAAGCGCAGCAAAGCCCGUGUGAAAUAAAGCCAGUGGGAUAUAGUAA